AUGGAUGCUUUUCAAACUAUCAGUAUCAUAUUUUCGCCAUACCAUGUUGGUCUGCGCGACCAUCGGGUCGGCAAUGAAAUUCAAAAUUUGGGUGUUUCGGUCGAAUUCGUUGAGAUUGAGCCAGUGGAUGAUUAUGAAGGCGAGAUUGGACGGAGAUUUGAGGUUAUGCGGCGCAUUUCCAAGGCCAUCAGCAAUUCUGUUACCAAAGAUCUGGCGUUUAUCUACUUUGAUGCUUAUGAUGACCUUGACUCACCAGACGUCAAUGAAAACGGCUACCUUGAUGCCAUGGGCCUGUCCAUGCUGCGUGGUGAAAGCUGGAAGACUCUGAUGAGACCUGUACCUGGAUUUGAGCCUUUUGAUCUCAGCCGUUUCCUAUACUGUGGUCUUCAGGACCAGUCAAGCAUACAGAGACAACGCGUUAUUGAUGCUGGCAUGCACAGUAUCUGGGGAGGCACUGAGAGAAAAGUCGACUUUGCAACGGAGCCCAAGACUCAGCUGGAACAAAGGUCUUACAGUCCAGCUCUGGUUCAUCUAGAUCUCGACGUUCUGGACGACUCGUACGGGAAGGUUAAUGACUUUCCAUCACCCGGUGGCUUGCUUGAGUCUGACCUGGUCUCCUGCAUGGAACUGGUCCCUAAGAUGACUACCCCGAAAUCGUUGACGGUGUGCUCCUUUGAUCUAGACGCGGGUGAUGGGGACAAAAUUGCGAGGAUUGCCAUUCGCGCUAUUACAAUCUUUGUCAAAUCUCUCUUGAGUGAAGGAGCUUUGUUAAAAGUCUAG